GGUACAAGACACUCGUGCCUGAGACACUGCAUGUUUGUAUCUGAUACAUCCCCGCACGUCUCUCUACCAAUUCCACUACUCUUCCAUCAACGGCCUUACUUUCCUCACUCAACUUCAACUCUCCCCAAUCCCAAUCACAUCAAACCAACAUGUCCGACCCCUUCAAGGCGAAGAACGAGGCCGAGCCCUCCAUCCAGGAGAAGCACGCCGACCUGGCCAAGUUUGUGGAGAAAUGCAAGUUCUGCAUGAUGACCACCAAAUCCCCCGAGGGCGACUCGCUGGUCAGCCGAUGCAUGGCUCUCGCGGCCAAAGAAAACAACGACGUCGACUUCAUCUUCCACGCCAACAACUCCUCGGGCAAGACGGACGACAUCAAAGCCCACUCCGACGUCAACCUCGGCUUCCUCAACUCCUCCGGCGAGUGGGCGUCCAUCUCGGGCAAGGCGGAAGUGGUGACGGACAAGGCCGAGAUCAAGAAGCACUAUUCGCCCGCGCUGAAGAUCUGGCUUGGAGAUCUGCGCGACGGCACGCACGACGGCGGGCCCGACGACCCGCGUAUUGCGCUGUUGAAGGUCAAGAGCGAGACGGUCACCUACUCGAUUAGUGCCAAGGGGCUCGUGGGGACGGUGGUCGAGGCGGUGCAGGCUGUGAUCAACAGCGAGCCGCCUGCGGUUAAUAAGUUGGUGCAUCUGGGCACUCCGGAGCUGGAGAAGAUCCGCUCUGGGCAGGCAUAGAAGGCGCAGCAGCUUGAAAAGGUGGUGGGAAACCCCCUGGUGAGGAGCAUGGAUUAGAUAGAUAUCUUGCAGACA